AUGCGGCACCAAAACAAGGAGCAAGCAAACAGGCAGUUUCGGUUGGGCGAAGGGCGUGGAAAAUCCACCGCGCCAACGACACCAGAGCGGCGUCGGAUCGUGGUCUCGUGCAGCGGCAUCCGCAGCCGCAGCAGGUUUAUUUGGAGGUUCCCAUUGGAGAAAAGCUUGCCCAGUCACUUCAUUCAAAGCAUUCUUUCACUCAGGGGAUACCAUAUGUGGUAUAUUGGAGGAAUUCAUUUUCAUCUUAUACAGCAUCUCAUUCAUUUUCGUCAUGCGUUAAUGUCAGUCAUUCAGAGUUCCUGCAGCCAUACAUGGGAUGCCUUUCAACUUGCACAUGCCUCCUUUCGAUUAUACCGUGUAAGAAAUAAUUAUGUACAAAGUGUUAAGCUUGGCCCCCGCCUACUUGGGGAUGCUCCAAAAACAAAUAUCAUCCCUGCUGGGAAUGAAGUGAACAAGGAAGAAGGCUGUUCUGAAGGUUUCCCAGCUAUAAGAAUCUAUGAUGAAGAUGUGAACAUGAAAUUUCUUGUCUGUGGAGUACCAUGCACCCUGGAUGCAUGUUUGUUGGGUGCACUAGAAGAUGGUUUGAAUGCACUGUUGAAUAUUGAGGUUUUGAAACAUCUUGCGCCAGAAAUCUCCUACAGAAGCUUGGUUGCACUUGGAAUCGCUUGGGUAAAUGGUACACCAGUGUCCUCAUUUGAUAGGCAGGAUGCUGAUCGGCUUCUUUUCUUUUGCUCUAACCAGUGCAAAGAUAAAGCUAUUCAAAAUGUCUCAUAUGCCUAUCUAUCAAGCUGGUCAGCAUCCCUUACUAAGGAUAGAGCCACUGGAACUGGAAGUAUCGAGUCAAAACAGAUGUCAUUUGGUGCAAAAGGAGUUGGAGGGGAUAAUAAGAUGUCCCUAUCAUCAUUGAAACCAAGGUUAAAGCCUGCAACAAUGAGACCCAUUCCCCACUCCCGCAAGCAACAAAUGCAUCCCUUUAUGAGAAAAAUCAUCAUCCGGGUCACCAUCAUCCUCGUCACUGUUCAGCCGUCAAUCCCAUUGAAUCCUCUGCCAAUGAAGAAGCAUGAGUGCAAUCGGUUGCCUAUCAACCUUUGCUCUGAAGAAGACUCCUUGAAAGAUGUCACGCAGUUCCUACUUCAGAGGGGCCACGACCGACUUGUACCUCAGGGAGGACUGGCAGAAUUUCCUGAUGCAGUGUUAAAUUCAAAGCGUCUUGAUUUAUAUAACUUAUACAAAGAGGUGGUAUACCGAGGUGGUUUUCAUUUAGGCAAUGGCAUAAAUUGGAAAGGUCAAGUCUUUUCAAAGAUGCGCAACCAUACAGUUACAAACAAAAUGACGGGUGUUGGGAACACCCUAAAAAGGCAUUAUGAGACGUACUUGCUGGAAUAUGAACUUGCCCAUGACGACAUUGAAGAGGAAUGUUGCUUGUUUUGCCGCAGUAGUGAUCUGGGUGAUUGGGUGAACUGUGGAGUAUGUGGAGAAUGGGUCCACCUUGGCUGUGAUAGACGGCAAGGGCUAGGCAACUUCAAAGUAGAAGCUUGCUGA